AUGCUACCAAUGAUCAAAUUAGGUGGCCUUGUGGCUCGUACAUUGACAAAACCCUUAGCACGUAAGAUUAAAUCUCGUUCCAAGGCUCAUCCUUUAUUAAAUUUAAUAUGUUUUCAUUUGGGUCAACAACAACAUCAUUUUACUAUGAAACUUCAUAUGGGAUUUCGAGAUAUCUCGACUUAUACGAUUAAACCGCUUCCUACGGAUCAAGCAGUAGAACAUGGAGCAGAUUUAGUUGGCGAGAUAUUGAUAUUUUCUGUAGCUUUAAGUGUCGCAUCACUUGAGUAUUCACGCUCAGCUGCAAGUACACGCGCAAAAGAAAUAAAGCAAAAAGAGCAGCAAUUGCAAGAAGAACGAGAAAUGGAGAAACGUUUCGAGUAUCUCGAGAAUCAAGUGAUGUGGCUAGAGGACCGACUGGAGAAAGUGAUAGAUAUUGUGGAGAAGGAAAUGGGGGUGAGAGUUGAACUUGUUGUGGCGGAAGCUGAUCGACAAAAGGACAAGGAGGCAGAAGCAGAGACUUUGAAACUUGCUCCAAGACGACAAGACGAGAAUGUUUACGUGGGCCUGAAGAUUGACGAAAAGAAGGUGACGAGGGAAACUUCUUCAUACGUCAUGAAGCUUUGGAAGAGUACGUACGAUGCAGUAGCAGGACUCUUCAAGUAA